AGGGGGAGCUUUGGUCUCGCAGAGACAGAAAAUACAGGAUAACGAGCAGACGAGUGUGAGGAGAAGACCGGAAGUGAAGAGGCCGCGAGGGUCCCACAAUAAACAAGGAAACUGAACAUAAAAUGGUACCACUAGCUGGUGCAGAGAUGGUACAUAAACCCCUACAGCUUUAUCGGUACCUUAUUCGUUGUUGCAAGCAACUUCCAAAUGAGAAUCUCCAGCAUCAUUACAGGCAUGCAGUACGACAGAGUUUUCAAGUUCAUGCUGAUGAGGAUGAUCCAGAACGAAUACAGCAGAUCAUUAAAAGAGCCAUAGAGGAUGCUGACUGGGUGAUGAAUAAGGGCUCUGGACUUCAGUAAAAUGGCAGCUUCUGGCAAGAAGAAACAGAAGCAAUGCUGGAGUAUAAGAAACAAAGCUAGAAGAAGAGUGGAAGAAAUGAGAUGCCUUUCCUUGAGAGACGCGAUGAGUAUACAUUGUGAGGUGGUUUUAAGACUAUAUUAUAUCUUAUGGGGAAAACUACUUCUCUCCCCCAUAAAAAUUACUUACUGGUGCAUAUGGGAAUGCCUGCCGUCUUCAGCUUUGAGAUCAGCCAUUCUGGAUGAACAUUGUGGUGCUUAUUAAACACUUGACUGCUUUGUAAAAACACCAACGUUGUUUUUGUCAUAAUAUCUUUAUCUAUUAUAUCACAGUUAUUGUUAGGUAUGUGCUCACUAUUGUAAAGAUUGUCUUUAUGUAGCACAAUAUUCAUUUCAGCUUCUGAAAAUAUACAAAGAAAGGCAAUUUCAGUGAAAAAUGUUUAUGGUUUUUAUGUGGUCCCCAUUCAUUUGACAUUCAAACACAUGAGGAAACAUUUUAAAUAAAAUUUAUUUAAGCAUGUCAUACCCAAGCAAUUAUGAAUUAAUGAGGAAAAGAAGACUAGUUUCCACAUGACAAUAGCAGUUUUCCCUGUUCUGUCUAAUCUGUGGUGUCAGUGAUGGAGGGGCCCUGUGACACAGACGUUCCCAAGGUGUCGGAUUCUGGUUUCCAUGUUAUUUCCAUUUACUUUUUUCCCAUUGCAAUUAAAUAAGGUAAACCAGGUCUGUUUGAGUAUAUUGAUUUUGGCAGCAUCCAUUUUUUCAGUCCAGCUUUGUGCUGGCACAGCUGACUUAUGCUUAUUACAAGAUGCACAGGGUCCUCUUCUUCUGAUCUCCCAUUGGUGGGGUAGUCUUAGAUAAUUUAGACAGUGGUGCUGACAUGACGAGCGUCACUCUCCAUUAUUAUGCUGUGAAUGAAGGGUGCCAUGGUGACGUCCUCUCAGUGGGUGGGCUCAGGAGACCCUGCACCCAUGGUAUAUCCACAGUAUUCCAGGGUGAGUAUUGCUGGGCAUUGUUCAAUAUGAGACUGCGGACAUCUUGUUUUAAAAAAAAAAAAAGUACUGUCUGGAUUAAAGGUGAAUAUUGCAGUCUGUGGAUCAAUUUUUAUUUUUAAAAGGUUUGCCUGGGGUAGUGCAUUAAUACAACUACUAGAGAGGUACACUAAUCUAUUUAUUUUACAUACAGUAAACAUUUUAUUUUUUAUUCAACUGAAUUACUUAGUUUAAAUAGAACAAAUUUAUCAAACUGAUAUUCUGGUUGUAUUUCAUCUGACGAAUUUGACCUCUCAGAAAUAUAGCUGCUACAGCUUAUUUGAUUAAAUUCAAAUAAAGAUAUUCCAUACAUUGA